CAUAGAACAAAGCCCUCUCUUCUCCGCUCCUCUGGCGGCUCUCAAUUUUUGGAACCCCCAAACCCUAGUUAUAUAACUAAUUACUCUCACUCACAUAGUUGCAUGCGUCAUGCUUGGAAUACAAAGAGAGUUGUGGUUUGGUGGAGAACGAAAGAGAGAAGAAUAAGAUAAUGGAGGAUUCGUUAGGGCAAAAGUGGAAGCACCGAGAGUUCGCUUUGGCCUCAGUUUCCGACCUCUCUUCACCUCCUUCUUCCGCUUCACCGGGAAUUGCUCGCUUCGACUCUGACGGUCUCCAAAUUCAUAACCAAUCUCACCAGAUUCCCCUCAGUGUCGAUCCUCGAACUGUUCAGUUAUUCAAGGUGAGUCCUGUUCUAUCGGUGUGCGUGGUGGAAAGAUCUGAUGCUGGCAAAAAGACAUUGUAUUCCAGGGGAGUCACUAUCCAGUUUAGAAACGAGGAGGAGAGUGCGGCCUUCCAUUGUGUAGUCCAACAGUGGAAGAAGGAAGUCAAUACUCAAGGUGCUGUUUUGAAAAUGGGUGUAAAGCUUGUUGUGGAAUGGCCUCUGUUAGAUGAUGACAUUGUUCCAAUUGCACAUCGGGCAAAGGCCUUUUCCAUGUUUUCAUGUUCUAUUGUUAUUAAUUAAUUGCUUCAGGUCAUGUUUGGUGGUCAGAGUGAUAUUUAUGCACCAACUGAAUAUUAGUUAUUAAACCUGUAAAACUUGGAAUAUAUAUGCAUAAGCAUUUUCUUUUAA